AUGGCGGCGUUAUCUGCACGUUGUAUUAGAUCAAUUGCUCGUGUUUCGGUGCAAAUGUCGGUAAGAAAUUCAGAUAGUCUGAUUUAAAGCAAUCAAAUAAUACACUGGCUGAUCUGAUUCUUAUUUUUUCACAGAAAACAGCUUUGAAUGCGAACAGUGCGACACAAGGUGACUAGUACUACGAUAUUCUUGCUUCCAUGGUUGUCAAUUGAUGUUAUCAACGACUAAUUAUGUAACAGAUCAAAAUAAUGAGCUUAAAUACAUAAAUCGAACCGUUUCUCUUAUUUUUAGCAAGAAGUUUGUCCUCUGCAGUGGGAAAGUCCAUUCUUCGAGACUGUGGAUUGUAAGUAUUUAUUAGUGAUGUUGUCACGUGUAGCUAGGUACUGUUCUUUUGCGAUUAACCGUUUAAUAAGAUUGUUGGAUUGAUCUGCGUUCUCGAGAAAAACCGUUUUGGUUGAUGUAGGUGAUCAACCUCUCAAUGGGUGGGAAACUAGUUUGAAUCAGUUGUAAAACAUGGGAAGUAGGACCACCGCAGUAGACAAAAAAAAUGCUUGGCAACUAAUGCCUAGUAACUUAGGCUCUUUCCACAUACUGGAUACUGAAAGUGGUUGAAUGCAAUCCCCUUCCUUUGACAGCUUUGUAUUUCCUUACUUGAGCUAUGAAGAGCCCAUGCAUCAUGUAACCCCUUCAUCUUCCAGAAAAUUUGCCCUAAACAGAGCAAUUUAUUUCUCUUUUGGUGGAAAUUUAAAUUUUAUUGUUAGUCAAGAUCAGUGUAACAUUUUCCUGACUGCUUGAAGAGACAAUGCAAUCAGAGAAAUUAAUUUUGCACUGUGGUUUGCCCUCUGAUGAUAUAUUUAAGCUUGUACAUACACUUGGGAGGUUUGUGUGGGAAAGUUCAUGAAAGUAGUUAUCCACCACUGUAUUUAGCCAUUUUUAAUAGCACAAAUUCCUUAACUCCUUUUGAACAUAGCUGCAAGACACUUGCUUGUUCAUUUUUAAUGUGAAUGGUUAAAAGAAAAAAAUUCUUGAAGACUUAACAAAAGCAGAAAAUAUGAAAUAGUCUGGGUGAAUUUUAGAGUCAUUUGUACUUCAAAAGACCUAAAAUGUUUUGCAUAUGAUUUCUUUCGCUGACAGGCUCAAGACGAUAGCAAGGGAUAAUGUAGUUAGAAAUCUUGCCAGGAGACACACAAGAUUAUCAGCAGCAGUUAGUGAGUAUAUUUUUGCAUGUCUUAAAUUAUUUUAAGAUUCAGGAAACCAUGAACACUGAAAAUUCAUUAUAUUUGGCCAAUUGUGCUCUGACCAAUCACAGUUAAGUGUCGGGCACAUGAGUAAACCUCAAACCACAAAUUCCUUACAGUUACUCUUUAUGGUUUAGUUUUCUGACACCUGACUGGCUUUUUCCAAAAAACAGCAUAACCUUCAGUAACUAUUUCUUGUGUUCACAGUUUUCUAAGUUUCGCAAAAAAUUAAAGCCAGUAAGAAAGAAGACUCACACAGAGUUGCAUAUUAUGCAUGGGUUUUAAUCUGGACUUAGUGACUGACUUUAGUUAAGGCUAGCUUAAAAUUGAAAAUAUAUGACAACUUAAUCAAAAUUGUGUACUGAGUAAUUUGAUCUAAGGCAAGCUUAAAAUUGAAAGUUAUGACUACUUUAUCAAAAUUUAUAAUCAGGGGCAAUCUUGAGAAUUAUGAAAGAGGAGGUGUAAAAAUUGUGGUGAGAUCACAAAUUCACUUGAGAGACUCUUUGUUAAUCCUUUCUCCCCAAGGAUCUCAUCAUUAGUUUUUUGUUCAUCUCUCCUUUCAUCUUGUCAUUUUUAAGUUCAAAUUAGGUAUUGAGUGAAAGAGUAUCCCAGGAGUUGAUUUAAUUAAUUCCUAUUGCCAUGUCUGCCCAACAUCAUAUUGAUAUUGGAUGGAGAAUUUACGUAUUGAUCACUGCUCACAGCCACUUUUACCUUUCACUCCUCCCCUCCCCCCUCAUUUAUAUCAAUGUCACCCUUGACCUAGUGAGUCAGAGGCCUAAAAAUUAGAAGAUUUGAAUUAUUAAGAAACAUUCACAGCAAUGGGGUCAAACAAAUUGCAAGGCUAUUUUACUAUUAAUUAUUACUUUUUUUCUUUCUUUCUCUACCUCUGCCUUUUACUUAGAUCAAAUAUUGUUUACAUCUGUUGUGGAUAUGAUGUGUGAAGAUGAGGAGGGAAAUGGUGAUGAUGAUAUCACCAUGUCAGAACUUGUUACUGAGGAGGAUGAAAUAUUGAAAGUUUCGCGAAUGAAGUGCUUUUAUGGGCAAUGCGUCAUAUUUUCUUAGCUUAACAUAUCGAAAAAGUUUUAUCAUCGCUCCACAAUUAGUAGCAGGCUCUGAUUUUAUCUAUGGUUGAAAGACAGUAAGCAACUUUAUUUUUGGUUUUUAUAGGUUUGGUGAUAUCAAACCCCACGGUGAUGAUAGAAAACUCAGAAUCAGAUGAUGAUAGUUUGGAGGCAGUUUGUGGAGACGAUGAUGAAACAUUUUCUUGUUGUGAAGAUGCAAUACCUGGUCUUUGA